CAAAUAGGUACAUGAACUAACUUAAAGUGUUCAAUUAGCCCUUAUAUAGGAGGUUCUGUCCGGCCGUCGCCAAUUGGGACGGUUUCCGGUGGAAUUUUUUGAUGAAAUUUUUUGAGCAUCUUUUUCACUAAGUCUAAUUUACCCAUACCAAAUGUCAGCUAAAAAUUCAACCGGGAAGGCAGUCAAAUGAGUUUUUGAAGAUAACUGCGCAGUUAAACAACGCAGUACAUUUCGGAAAAUCAUUUGACUGCCUUCCCGAUUUUAUUUUAGUUAAAAUUUGAUAUGGGUAAACUAGACUUAAUGAAGAAGAUGCUCAAAAAAUUUCAUCAAAAAAUUCCACCGGGAACCGCCACAAUUGGCGACAGCCGGGCAGAACCUUCUAUAUAAGAGGCUAAUUGAACACUUUAAGUUAGUUCAUGUACAUAUUUGACCCUUUAGCCUAUAUGUGUGUGUGUGUGUUGAGACUAACCUCUCAUUGCUUGUUCGUAAUUCUAUACCUGGCUACAAGUUGUCUAGGAAAUUGAAUGGUCUCAAUGAUUAUACACUGGAAUUUGCUGUGUGACAUUCCGAUAUACUCCCUCCGUCGCGUAAAGAUGUUCCCGGUUUGACUUACACACAUAUUUAGGAAAUAAAUAUGUGCUCUAUGGAUAUUGGACUUCACUAAUGUGCUUUAUGCCUAAUAGCAUUGCUACUUGAUAAGUCCGUAUUUAGACACACAUUUGAUGCGUGUUGAGAUCGGCUUUUGAUGGUUUUCCUAGCUUUAAGGUGUUGCAAGUCUCAAUUUUAGCUCAAGUUAUGUUUAACAGGCGUUGGUUCGAGUUUUGUGUCAUUUGGAGUCAAAAUCAGGAAUUUAGAGUCCGGCACCGGCGCUUGAGGAGCAAUUGGGAUGAUUCGAGAUGCAUUCGAGAGUGAUUUGAGAGCUUUGGAGGUCACCGGGAGGUUCACGAUGAAGAUUUGAUGUCAAAAGAGCUCUAGGAUUGGCUUCGGGGUCAAAAGAAGAUAAAUGAAGCUUGAAAACGACGAUCAGGAUGACCUUCUGUCAAUCGUUCAAGCAUAUCUCUUUGAAUCAACAUCCAAUGUACACGAUUCAAGUUCCAUAGGAAAGCCAACUUCAAGGGCUACAAAUCAUAUGAAGACACCUUUGCGAGAAUCUGAGAGGAAGAAGGUGAAAACAGACGAUGAAGUCAGAUGAUCUCUGCUGCGAUUUCAGAAUGACACCUUCCACCGUUUUGAUCAUAUCUCUUGAUUGGAUGAUCCAAAUCACAUUCGGCAAAUUGGGGUGGAUAGAGGACUUCAUUAUCUACAACUUUCAUGAAGGAAGUUUUGUCAAAUUCGGAAUAGAAAAAAGGCUGAAGAGCACGGACGCACGACCGUGCGUAAAAGGACGCACGAUCGUGCGUAAGAGCCAACAACGCGGCAACUAAUCUGCCUGCUACGCACGAUCGUGCGUGGCAAGGUACGCACGAUCGUGCGUACACCCGAGACGCGGAUUUCAACCCUUUUUUAGUCCCAGUUCAGCCCAAACUCAUCUGUUUUCUAUAAAUAAGACUCCCAUACCCAUAUUUUGACGUUACGAACAUUACGGAGAGGCCUAGGGACGAAUUUAACACCGUUUUUACGCUAUUUUCUUCCAAGACCCUGGGAUUAUUUGUAAGUUCAUCUUUUUAAUUAAUGACAAUUAUUUCUAUUCAUCUCAAUUCUGUUGAUUCUUCAAUUAUGAAUUGUGAGUAGUUUAAUUAGGGAUUUGGGGUUGAUGAAGGGGUUAAUCAUGAUUGAUGGCUAGAUUCUUGUCGGUUUAAUUGCAUGAAUGCCGUUUAAUUUGUGUUUGAAUAAUUUAAUUGAUAUCUCUUGUAACCUAGACUGCAGCUAGAAUUACAAUUGCAUGUAGAAUGAAUUAAGAGAGAUCUAAUUUGUUCUAGGACACAUUCACACACACUUAAUCGUUCGCUAAGAGAUUAGUAGCGAUUAGGGGGCCGUAAGCUCGCUCGUCUUGGCAAUAAUUUAGGAUCCUGUCGCAUGAGAGAUCAGCCUGGUCCUCUAAAUUAUUGUACUCUACGCCGCGAGAGCGGUAAGAACUUAGUAAUGAUUAGCUAGGCUCAAUUAAAUUAAAUUCAUGUAAUUAGGCCUGAUCUGCCAGAAAUCUGGUUACCCCGGAAUCAAUCCCUGUUCCCUUCGUCGUUAAUUAAGAAGAAACCAAUCUUUUAUUUUUAUCGCUCAUUAGCAUUAGUUUUAAUUUUAAUUCAAUCAAUCAAUCUCGCACAUCGCAUUUUAAUUUUUUUAUUUCUGUUUAAUCGCUAAAUUUAGUUAAUCUUUAAUUCCCUUUUGUCCGUCCCUGUGGAGACGAUACUCGUACUUUACAUCACUUUUCUACAACCAUUUUAAGUGCGAGAAAACUCACAUCAGUUUUUGGCGCCGUUGCCGGGGACGGUGUCGGAUUUAAGGGUUAAUUAAUUUUAGCGACUUGUUUUUAGUUUUUCGUAGGAUUUUUGUCUGCUAACCUUGCAGGUCAGAUCUGUUUAUGCAUACACGCUCUAAGAAGGGAGAAUCACUAGUCCCUCUUAAUCCUGAGAUCGAGAAGCUAGCUAAGCAGAACCGCAAGGCUUUACGAGAACAGAAAGCAACCAUGGAUCAACCAUCCGCAUUUGGAAUAGCUGGGACGUCUGAGGUCCAAACCACUUCUGGUAAUCUGGAUUUUUAUGUUAAUACCUCUCCCCAGUCUUCACAAGAAAAUUCACCUAGAGCUUAUCCGGGGUAUCAAAAUCUCCGUACCCCAUUCCUCCCCCAAAAUCAGUCCACUCCACAACUAAAUCUUCCACCACUUUAUCAGCUCUUUCAAAAUACUUCUAUUGCUCCCGAAACCACCUUUCAAAACCAAACCUUUGGGAUGCAAGGUCUAGGGCAAAACAAUCCAGUCUUCCAGCCCAGACAGAACCAACCGCCAGUCACACAAAAUCCACCCCCUACUCAGCCACAAAAUCAGCCUCUCCAACCCCAAUAUCAACAAUUCCAUCAAACCCAACCUCAGCCAAAUAUCAUCCGUCCACAACCCAUUAGACCCCAACCAGUUCAUCAGCCGAGAUAUCAAGCUCCUCCAUACCAGAACUAUGUCCCUCAUGACAAUCCGCUCUAUCAAGGAGAAAGCAUUGCAGAUUUCCUUACUCCGGACAUCACAGAGUAUGACAGCAUUCAAGUGCAGGGAAUUACUGCACCCCGCUAUGAGAUCAACCCAGCAGUGAUUAACAUGGUGUCCAAUAAUUAGUUUGGAGGGAGCCCUACAGAAGAUACAGUGGCACACAUUACAAAAUUCUUGAGGAUGUGCCAAACUUUCAAGAUCCCUGGGCUAGAUGACGAUCAGGUACGGAUGCUAUUGUUCCCUUUCUCAUUGAGGGAUGACGCGCAGAGGUGGUUGGAUAGCAAUCCACAUCACCACAUUCAGACUUGGGAUCAGCUGCACAAGGCCUUCAUAAAAGAAUACUUCCCAACAUCAAAGGCCAUAAAGCUGAAGAAGCAGCUGCAAGACUUCAAGCAAGGUUCGUUGGAAACAUUGGCUGAGGCGUGGAAGAGAUUUAAAGUACUUAGAAGAGCUUGUCCUCAAGGCAAGAUGACCAAUAGUGAGAUUCUUUUUUGCUUCUAUAGCGGAAUUUGCGAUGAAGGGAAGAUGAUGCUUGAUGCUUCGGGUGGAGGAGCUUUUCCUCAAUUACCAUCUGAGGUGGCAGAAGAAUUAGUGGAGAAGAUUGUUUCUAAUAAUGCUUCCUGGUACAGCUCUCGGGACACACCUCACCAGAAGACCCCGGGGUUGUAUGAGAUCAGUGAUAAUUCGGCCCUUUCUGCGAGGGUAGAUGCUUUGACUAGCAUGAUUCAGAAGCUUGCUACAAGUGUGGAGGAUAAUCAGAAGAAGACGAAUCUUGCUCUCUCGGUGCCCAGUGUUAACAUGGUAGCCCCUGUUCCUAUUAGUCCCUCUUGUACUAUGUGUGGGGGACUCCAUUCGCCACAUGAAUGCACAAUGAUGGCACACUCGGCAGCCCCUGGAGUAGAGCAAGUGGAUGCAAUGUAUUAUCAGCGGCAGGGUUACUACAAUCAGCCCUACGGACAGCACCAACAGGGGAAUUACAGGCAAGGAAAUCAGCAGCAGCAGCAAUCUAGGAACUAUAAUCAGCCCCAAGCACCUCAAUGCCAGCAGCAAGCACCUCAGCCGGGGAAAGAAAAUUUUAUGAGAGAGACUGACCAAAAGUUUGCUAGCUUGGAGGAAACCCUCAAACAUUUCACACAAGCUUCUGAGGUAAAUAAUCAACAAGCAAAUGCAAGGAUGCAAAACAUGGAAAAUCAAAUAGGGCAACUUGCAAAAGCCGUAUAUGAGAGGCCUCAGGGAUCCCUCCCUAGUAAUACCGAGCCAAACCCAAGAGAACAUGUCCAGGCAAUCACCUUGAGGAGUGGAAGAGAGCUAGAACCUGCUGCCACAACAAAGAAGCCCGAUGAAGUUGAUGUUGAACCGGCUGCCCGGGAAGAAGAAAAGGAGAAAGAAGAGGGAAGAGAGAUGGCGGCUGCACCAAAACAGCCCGUUCCGGUCAAGAAUUACACCCCACCUCUCCCCUAUCCGGCACGAUUGACAAGGAAGAAUGAUAGUGACCAGUUUAGUCAUUUUCUGAAACUCAUGAAACAAAUCCAGCUUAACAUACCAUUCGUGGAUGCACUAGCACAAAUGCCAAAGUACGCGAAGUUCAUGAAGGAUCUGCUUACUAACAAGAGGAAGUUGGAAGAAGCAUCAACUGUGAGGCUUAACGUGGACUGCUCAGCUGUGAUUAGGAGGGAUCUACCAGAGAAGCUUAAGGAUCCAGGUUCUUUCACUAUACCCUGCUUAAUAGGAGAUCUUACUUUUGAUAGGGCCUUAGCUGAUUUGGGUGCAAGCAUUAAUUUGAUGCCAUUCACUUUGUAUGAAAAGCUUGCACUCGGUCCACUUAAAUCUACACGUAUGUGCAUUCAGUUGGCUGAUCGUUCAGUCAAAUAUCCCCAAGGGAUUGUUGAAGACGUGUUGGUUAAAGUGGACAAGUUUAUUAUCCCUGUAGACUUCGUUAUUUUGGACAUGGAUCAGGAUCGAGAGGUACCAUUGAUUUUAGGCAGACCAUUCUUGGCAACUGCCCGAGCACUUAUUGAUGUUGGAGACGGUAAGCUUGUCCUCCGCGUUGGAGAUGAGACUGCCACCUUUGAUAUGUCCAAAAUAAUGAAGAGGCCCUGUCAGGAUAGUGGAGAGUGUUUUUAUUUGGACGACAUAGAUUCGAUGGUGGAGGAUUGCACCCCUAACAUGCUUUCUAAUGAAGCCCUUUCUGACCUUUUGUUUGAGGAUAGUGUGACAGCAGAGGAUCUUGAGCCCCUCCCUAGUUUUGAUUGUCUUAUGAUUAGUGGAGAGGAGGACUCAAGUGAUGCUAGUUCUGUGCAGGGGGGCGGAAGAUGAUUUAGAUGAGGUGGAGAAGGAAAAUUUUCAGACCGAUUCCUUUAUUGUUACUUCUCCAUUAAAUCUAAAGCCUCUUCCAUCCCACCUUGAGUAUGAUUUUAUUGAUGACAGUCCUGACCCCCCUGUUUUUCUUGCAUCCGGGCUUGAGCUAUCCCAAAAAUCAGCAUGUCUUAAUCUACGUAGUGAACAAAGGGAAGCUCUAGACCGGAAACUUUCUGACACAAAAAGGAUUAGUCCAUUCUUUGACCCAUUCUUUGUUAAAGGGCCUGAUAAAGGCCCCGAUCCAUUCUUUUGCUUUACGGGUGACCCUGAGAUGCGUAUUUGUUUUCAUGAAUUUAAGGUCUUACGCCAUCUCAGGGCAUUUGUUGAUAGGAGGUUUGAUUUGUGGAAGACUAAUGUUUUGAGCGGGAGUGUCUUUGACUGAGUUUUUGAUGUGGUGAUUGCGUCGGGCACACGACGUUAAAAAUAGCGCUUCUCGGGAGGCAACCCGAGCUUUUUUCUACUUUUGUUUUUCUUUGUUUGUUGUUUGGUUGUUUUGCUUUGUGUUUUUGUUGCAGCCCAGGGUCUUGUUAUAUGGGUGAUGUGCCAAGGAUUACAUUGACUCAGUUUAGUUCUGCACCGACCAGCGCCAUAGGGAAGUUUCUGUGACUCUAAUAAUCGCCUGUUUGUAAUAAUGGACUUGAGUUAAGUUGAGCACGCGUGACCCUAUCCUCUUUACCCCCUUGUGCAUAGUGCAUUUUUUGUCAUCGAGGACGAUGCCAAAGUUUAAGUGUGGGGGAGUGAAUUGGGCAUUCGGGCAGUGGUUGUUACAUGAGAUUUAUUAGAGUUAGCAUGCGCAGGUGUUAGUUGUAUAUUCAUAGGAAAUUCAUGCAAAAAAAUUUGUGAAUUUUUUUCUUUAAACUGUGUCUUUGUGAACUGGCUAGCGUUUUGACUAUGUUUUUAAAAUGUCCUUGAAGUGUUUAGGCUUAAAUUGCUUGCAUGAUAACUUAGUUGUUGAAAGGAUGAAGGCAUUAGUCACCCAUUUAAUGAAUUAACAAAUGUUCCAUUUGACCUGAACAAGUUCCUUUAGGAGAAGCCACUUUGAGCCUGACCGUUUAUUGUUACCCGAUUAAUUGAGCUCCAUAGCCAAAUGGCCUGUGUUUCCUUACCCGUGAAUAUUUCUGACUUAGUCUUGAUGUUUAGGGAACUAAGGGAUUAAUUUGCUAAGUUUAGGGAAUUUUGUGUAGGAGCCAUUUUUGGCACUGUUCCUAUGCCCCAAAUGGGCGUAAGAGCAGUCACUUUUUAGGAAUUUGAUACUUUCGAGGAUUGCAUUGUAGGCAUGGAUUCACUUUGAAAUUAAUGAACUUAAAUUGCUAUUUUUCCUUGGUGAGGCCGAGAUUAGAAUGGGGUAAUGUCUAGUGAGAAUCCGAAAGGUGAAAAAUUAAUAUAGCUAGACCUCUUACUUUGCGAAAAAGAGAAUGGGAGCCCCAGUCAAAAAGCGUAAGAUGAGACUUGGGUAUCUUUCGAAAGAAACGGCGUUCUCGUGCCAACAUGACAAAGAAAAUUAAACCUAAUUAAAUGAACAUGGAGGCUAUUGCAAAAUUAGCUUUAGUCCUCUGCGUACUUCAAGUAUACGUCAAAGCACAAAUGUGCCGCGGCGGUUUAGCUUAGUUGUACACCAUGUCUACUCUUUGCAUAGGUUUAAAUGAUUGUUCCUAAAUUGUGGCCUACUAAGUUCCUUGAUCCUAAGAUUAGCCCUGAAGUUCCUGAAUGCAUUGAGUCAUUGAGUCUUUGUUAGAAUGUUCCGAACUAUCAAGAAAGGAACCGUUUAUCCUUACCAUUCACCCUUCACCACCACCUUCACAAGUCCUUCUGAUCAAUAGCUAGUUUAUUUGUGUAGGCUGCCAUUACUUUGAGGAUGUUGUGAAUAACUUUGUCAAAUAUUUUAGCUAGAGUACAAAGAUGUAGUUUAAGGAAGAAUUUUCUUGGUUUAGUUUGUUUGUUCUGUGAAUAUCCCUUUAACUACAUGUGCAUGCUAAUUGUUUUAAUUCCGUGUGGUGAUUAUCGUAAGUCCCGUUGUUUAGUUUGCUUGAGGACAAGCAAAGGCUUAAGUGUGGGGGAAUCUGAUAAGUCCGUAUUUAGACACACAUUUGAUGCGUGUUGAGAUCGGCUUUUGAUGGUUUUCCUAGCUUUAAGGUGUUGCAAGUCUCAAUUUUAGCUCAAGUUAUGUUUAACAGGCGUUGGUUCGAGUUUUGUGUCAUUUGGAGUCAAAAUCAGGAAUUUAGAGUCCGGCACCGGCGCUUGAGGAGCAAUUGGGAUGAUUCGAGAUGCAUUCGAGAGUGAUUUGAGAGCUUUGGAGGUCACCGGGAGGUUCACGAUGAAGAUUUGAUGUCAAAAGAGCUCUAGGAUUGGCUUCGGGGUCAAAAGAAGAUAAAUGAAGCUUGAAAACGACGAUCAGGAUGACCUUCUGUCAAUCGUUCAAGCAUAUCUCUUUGAAUCAACAUCCAAUGUACACGAUUCAAGUUCCAUAGGAAAGCCAACUUCAAGGGCUACAAAUCAUAUGAAGACACCUUUGCGAGAAUCUGAGAGGAAGAAGGUGAAAACAGACGAUGAAGUCAGAUGAUCUCUGCUGCGAUUUCAGAAUGACACCUUCCACCGUUUUGAUCAUAUCUCUUGAUUGGAUGAUCCAAAUCACAUUCGGCAAAUUGGGGUGGAUAGAGGACUUCAUUAUCUACAACUUUCAUGAAGGAAGUUUUGUCAAAUUCGGAAUAGAAAAAAGGCUGAAGAGCACGGACGCACGACCGUGCGUAAAAGGACGCACGAUCGUGCGUAAGAGCCAACAACGCGGCAACUAAUCUGCCUGCUACGCACGAUCGUGCGUGGCAAGGUACGCACGAUCGUGCGUACACCCGAGACGCGGAUUUCAACCCUUUUUUAGUCCCAGUUCAGCCCAAACUCAUCUGUUUUCUAUAAAUAAGACUCCCAUACCCAUAUUUUGACGUUACGAACAUUACGGAGAGGCCUAGGGACGAAUUUAACACCGUUUUUACGCUAUUUUCUUCCAAGACCCUGGGAUUAUUUGUAAGUUCAUCUUUUUAAUUAAUGACAAUUAUUUCUAUUCAUCUCAAUUCUGUUGAUUCUUCAAUUAUGAAUUGUGAGUAGUUUAAUUAGGGAUUUGGGGUUGAUGAAGGGGUUAAUCAUGAUUGAUGGCUAGAUUCUUGUCGGUUUAAUUGCAUGAAUGCCGUUUAAUUUGUGUUUGAAUAAUUUAAUUGAUAUCUCUUGUAACCUAGAUUGCAGCUAGAAUUACAAUUGCAUGUAGAAUGAAUUAAGAGAGAUCUAAUUUGUUCUAGGACACAUUCACACACACUUAAUCGUUCGCUAAGAGAUUAGUAGCGAUUAGGGGGCCGUAAGCUCGCUCGUCUUGGCAAUAAUUUAGGAUCCUGUCGCAUGAGAGAUCAGCCUGGUCCUCUAAAUUAUUGUACUCUACGCCGCGAGAGCGGUAAGAACUUAGUAAUGAUUAGCUAGGCUCAAUUAAAUUAAAUUCAUGUAAUUAGGCCUGAUCUGCCAGAAAUCUGGUUACCCCGGAAUCAAUCCCUGUUCCCUUCGUCGUUAAUUAAGAAGAAACCAAUCUUUUAUUUUUAUCGCUCAUUAGCAUUAGUUUUAAUUUUAAUUCAAUCAAUCAAUCUCGCACAUCGCAUUUUAAUUUUUUUAUUUCUGUUUAAUCGCUAAAUUUAGUUAAUCUUUAAUUCCCUUUUGUCCGUCCCUGUGGAGACGAUACUCGUACUUUACAUCACUUUUCUACAACCA